CAGAAGGAAUUUCUCGAAGCAUUUCUCGAAGAGAAUGAUUUGAAAAUGGACGAUAUAAAAUAUCUGGACCAUCUGAACGGGCGUAAAACAUUUCCGGAAUGGGUACUUGAUCUGGAUGCAAAACAACCGUUUCCUAGCCAGAUUAUUCCAGAUAAAUUCGUCAUUCCUACCGUCGUAGAGAAUUGCUGCUUACGUUACGUCUGCAAUCUUGAACCAUGUAAAAGAACUGGCUUUCGCUACGCGCGACAAAUAAAAAGUCAUAUCGCUGUUGCGCACGAGGAGCAGGUGCGCAUGGAAACCGACCUGUUCUUUGGAUGCCCUGCUCCAGGAUGCAAUGAUAUCGCGAUGGCCGAAACGAAGCAUAUGGUAUCACACGUGAAAGCGAUGCAUCCUUUACUCUGCGGCAAGCCCGACUACUCCGAGAACGCAUUGCAGAACCGAAGGGACUUGAUAAUGGAUAUGGAUCGGCGUCGUGUGCUCGUCAGAGAGACUUUGGAUGGUUCCUUGGAGAAGUGUGAAGAUUGUUGUAGUGACAAAAUGCACCGGCACUUCUGCAAGUACUCGUGCCCUGUACCGGAUUGUUCGGUGGAGUACUGGGAUCGUGAGUACAUGGUUUGGCACAUUGGAGCUGAUCAUCAGAAUCGCUGGAAUAUUGCCUGAAAAAUGCAGUCGUAGUUAUGUGUUUGAUGCUCGCAAGAAAUCGCUGGAAUAUUGCCUGAAAAAUGCAGUCGUAGUUAUGUGUUUGAUGCUCGCAUUUCUGAGA